CUUUAUUUCUACAGAUCGACUCUCGUUAAACAAAAAAUCUUCACCUUUUAUUCUUCUUGUUAAGCAGUCCUAUACUGAUGGCGCCUUCUAAACCCAAUUGGGCCAACGAUUCUGUCACUGACUUUGUCAUAAACAAAGGCAAUGGAGUAAAGGGUCUCUCAGAAACUGGCAUCAAAACCCUUCCCGAACAAUAUAUUCAGCCCCUGGAAGAGAGGACUAUGAGUAAGGUCAUGGUCGGAGAGUCUAUUCCGAUCAUCGACGCGUCUAACUGGGAGGACCCCAAAGUCGGGGCGGCGAUAUGCGAUGCUGCGGAGAAAUGGGGUUUCUUUCAGAUCAUCAAUCAUGGCAUACCCCAGGAAGUUCUUGACAAUGUCAAAAACGCGACAUAUCGCUUCUUUGACUCGCCUGCUGAGGAGAAGAACAAGUACUCCAAGGAGAAUUCGGUAUCCAACAAUGUCCGAUACACCACAAGCUUCAUUCCUACAGUCGAGAAGGCUCUGGAAUGGAAAGAUUACCUCAGUCUCUUCUAUGUUUCCGAGGAUGAGGCCUCUAAGUUGUGGCCUUCUUCUUGCAAGGAUGAAGUUUUGGCCUACAUGCAUAAUGGAAGCAUAGUUGUGAAGCGACUGUUAAGUGUGCUACUCAAGGGAUUAAAUGUGACUGAAAUAGACAGUGAAAAAGAACAGCUUGUUACAGGUUCAAAGAGGGUUAACCUCAAUUUCUAUCCCGUUUGCCCA